AUGCCAUCGGCAAUCCCGGCGCCACUCCAGCAGAUACUUGGGGCUUACCUGGAGAUGAUUAAUGAAGGGAAGGUGGAGAUAUUUACGGAAGACAAAUUUCCCGCUGCCCAAUUUUUCCCAUGGGAGUAUUAUCAAUAUACGCAACGGGAUAUCGAGAACUCAAUCACUGCAUUCAACCGUCUGCUCAAUGCAAUUGAACAUCGCCAUCGGCCGCCAGUUCAAUCGGCUAAAAUAGCUAUCAACUAUCCACAAUCUGUACUUGAUGAAGCUUUCACCCCCAACAAGUCUUUCGUCAGGUCAUUUCUCUCCGCUCUUCCCUCUCGUGAGAUCCAAUUCCGCUAUAUUGCUCCAGGACUUCAGAUACAAUAUUUCGACUAA